AUGACCACAGCGAAACGCAAGUUCCACGAGGUGGAUGUGGAUGUGCAGCACGACGAGCCUCUCAGCGGCAGCCGUGCUGCAAGACGCUACAUAGGGGCUGGCGAGGCAGACAUCGACGACAGCAGUGACGAGGAGGUGGAGAGGGACGAGGCACACAGAAGCGGGGACGACCGGAGUGACAACGCCAGUGGUAGUGGCAGCAGCAGCGACAGUGAUAGCGAGGUCCUAGACUGCAACGAGAGAUGGGGAUCUGCCCCGCCGGACCAGGACAUGAGGGUCGAAGCCUUCAGCAUGGCGCAGGAGCUGCGCCGGGGGCAGUUCAACGAGGCCGGGACGUACGUCACCCACGAUCGCCGGGGCGGCGCCUACAGCGACGACGACGAUGACGACGACAGCCAAGACGAGGACGGCGAUGAGCUGGGGGCGUUCGAUGGGAUCAAACCGGUUGACAAGGAGGGCAUGGCGAAGGCCCGAGAGGCGCAGGUGGCGCAGCAGGCGAUUGACGCCGUCACCGACAGCGUGGCGGUGCUCGAGCGGCGGCGGAUCGUGGACGACAUCCCAAAGACGUCCAAGUCUUUCCUGUCGUACUCCGCUGUGAGAAACUCGUACACAGAGUCGGAUUACUACUCGAGAUACGCCCUCCACAACCAGCCUGCUGACGCACACGUGAGCAACAACGCGGGCGGCCACGUGGAGAACUCGGAGAGAACGUUUGUCAACAACUCAGCGCACUCGCAGACCAGCGUGUCGGACGUGGACGAAACCAAGUUUGUUCCAAAGGUGUCGUCGGACGACCACGUCUCCGGGUCGGGCCACAACAAGAUCUAA